AAUAACGUUUUGUCAAUUGAGUAUAUAUUGCCGGAUAACUUGUAUGAUGUCGAAACGUUUUAAAAAACACAUUUCGGAAUUGAGUAAUCGUCAGUUCCGCCGUCGCAUAACAAGUGAAACGGAAAAAGUGAUGAGAUGUAUUUUCGAGAACAUAAAAGAUAAUGAUGAUUAUGAUGAUAGAGAUGAAGAAACAAGAAAAGAAUUGCUCGAUUUGUACGAAGAACAAUGUACUGUUACGACUGAAUCAUUACAUAGACCAGGCUCUUCUAAACAAGAUCCAUUUGAUAGAUUUUUACAGCAUCAGAAUCAAUGUGAAAAUAAAUUCGAAGAAAUAGUAGAUAUAUUUGAUGAAGAAAAUUGUCAUAUUGAUAUAAAUUGUCUAGAUUCGGAUGAUAAUCCAAUUGAUUCAGAUAUUGAAUGCUUUAAUAAUACAGAUGAUACAACAGUAGUGACACCAUAUCUUCCUGAAUACGAAAAUGUGAUGAGUGAAACGGAGUGUUCUACAAAAGAGCAUAAAAAUAAAGAGAUCGAGAAUACAAAAGAAUUUUUAAGAAAUUGGAAACUGAGGAAUAAUAUUUGUCAUACAGCUGUGACUGAGUUGUUACAUCAUUUCAAAUUGCACUCUUGUUUUCAAACUUUACCAAUACAAUCAAAGACAUUGAUGAAUACUCCUCGCAAUAAAGUAAAUAUCAUAUCCAUGGUACCAGGUAGAUAUAUACACAUAGGUUUACAAAAAGGAAUUACAGAAACAAUUUUAAAUACAAACAAAGAAUUAUUUCUCAGUGGAAUAGAAAUAUCAAUUUUCAUAGAUGGUAUUCCGUUAUUCAAAUCAAGUGCAUCAUUGUGGCCUAUUGUUGGUUCUGUAAAAAAUACUAGUGAUAUUUUUCUUAUUGGAGCUUAUUACGGUCCUGAAAAGCCAUAUGAUAGUAAUCUUUAUUUAAGUGCUACUGUAAAUGAUAUUAAAGAUGUAUGUCAAAAUGGUAUAACAAUUGAAGGAUUACAUUAUAACUGUCGAAUUGUUUCUGUUAUAGCUGAUGCACCAGCAAAAUCAUAUAUUUUAAAUGUCAAAGGUCACUGCGGAUAUUAUAGUUGUACUAAAUGCCAUGUAAAAGGCAAAUAUGCUCAUAGGCGCGUUUAUAUGUUAAAUAAUCAUGAACAAUUGCGAAAUGAUUUUGAAUUUAAAAAUAAAACUGAUCCUAAUUAUCAUUUAGGGCAUAGUAUUUUGACAGACAUUCCGGAUUUUGAUAUUGUUAAUCAAAUUCCUUUGGAAUACAUGCACUUAAUAUGCCUCGGUGUUAUGCGUAAACUCUUAUAUUUAUGGUUAAGUAAAUCAAAACAACCAUAUUCUUUAAAUGCUCAAAGUAUACAACGUUUAUCCGUUUUGUUUGAAAACAUUGCAUCGUUUGUUCCUAACGAAUUUUCACGUAAACCUCGAUCGUUACAAUUAGUUAAAUAUUUUAAAGCAACCGAAUACAGAUGAUUGCUUUUAUAUACCGGUCCUGUUGUUUUAAAAAACAUUUUAGAUAAAAAUUUGUUUAACCAUUUCUUGGUUUUACACGUAUCUGUACGAAUUCUGUGUAGUGAUGAUUAUAGUCAGUACAUCGAAUAUGCAGGUCAACUGUUAGAAAAAUUUGUGGAUGCAAUGCCACAUUUGUAUCAUGAAUCUUUUGUAUCGCAUAAUGUACAUGGAUUGAUACACGUUAUACAAGAUGUAAAAACAUUUGGACCAUUAGACAAUUACAGUGCAUUUAAAUAUGAAAAUUUUUUACAGCAUCUAAAACGAGUAGUCAAAAAGUAUGCGCAACCUUUAGAACAAUUGUAUAAUCGGUAUCAUGAAAUUAAAUCUAACGUGAAAAGGACUGAUUAUCGUACAACUAAACUUGUAGUCAGCGAAUCGCAAAAUACUUAUUGUAUUUUGCCCAAUGGAAAAAGAGCACCUUUGUAUACAGAAGCUAUUUCAAUUAAUUAUCGUUUUCGAGUAAAUACUAUCAAUGAUAAUUGUUGUAUAUUGACAAAUGGAGACAUUGUACAAAUAACAAAAUUUUCUUACGACUUUGAGAAGGAAGAAUUAAUCAUUUGUGGGAAAAGAUACGAGCGAAAAGAUAAUUUAUUUACAAUCCCAUGUGAAUCUUCUUUACUCCAAAUUUAUGUGGUUUCUCAGCUUUCGCAAGAAAAAAUGUGGCCAUUGAACAAAAUUAAAAAUAAAAUGUUCGUAUUACCGUAUAAAAACAAAUUCGUUGUAUUACCAUUGCUGCAUAACGAACAUAAUACAGAGAAAUUUAUUUUGUAAUAUGUAUGUUGUAAUAGGUAUAUAAUAUGUAUAAAAUUUGUACAUUUGUAUUAAAAUAAAAAUAUUGGAAUAUAUA